AUGUCUUCCACCCAGCAGUUCACUGUCCCUCUUCCCACCGCCACCGGCCUUUCCGAGCCUGCUGGCCAAAUCAUCAAGGGUGCCACCCAGGAUGACGGCUCGCUCCGCGAUGCCGCUCUCCUGCUCGGCAUCAAGCUCGACCUCGAGGCUGAGGUCCACCUGACUGCCCGCGUCAAGGGUGAUGUCGUUGUUGGUCUUUACUAA